UUACAAUCGGUACUGUGCAUUUGAAUAAAUAAUUAUAAAACAAUAUUUUUAAAUUGAGCUGAUGCGUGCUGCCCCUUAGCGACAAUUCUGGACACUACCGCGAUCAAAUAUCUCAAUUUUAAUGCGUUGCCAUGAUAACAAACAAUUUACGACACAACUUCGAUUUGAAUUCGGAUACUUCCUGUUACGAGUAAACACCGUGGCUUAUUCGGUCGUGUUGUAAUAAAAUACUUUAAUUUGUUUAAUACAAAUGGAGGAAAACGACGAAGAAAUAGAAUUCGAAAGCUACGAAAGUGAAACAACGGUUACGGAGGAAGAUAAAGUUCAGUUGGACGAGCCGGCAAAGUAUGAAAGUUUGAUUCGAAUAACGAAAGACCUGAUAAAAGAAGUGCAAGGAGAAUUAUGUAUGGUCAAAUUAUGCUGGCCGGAAGUAGACGUAAGAAAAGAUCUAUACUUAAAAACGCUUCCAAGCAGUUAUCAUACGGUCAGUGAUAAAGAAAAAGUGCUCGCAUGGUAUGCUGAAAACUUUCGACGUCAAUUUUGCGUUAAAUAUCCUGAUCGAAAGCCUCUGUUGCUAGUGCGUGAAAACGAAUGCGGUGUACAAAAAUUCGUGUCUACGACUAUCAGACGAAGUACGCCGCCAUAUCCGGAACUGUACACGUGGCAGGGGUGCGGAAAAUUUGCCAGCGACUACAUCGAGUACGAGCCACUGGACAAACCACUCAGUAUGGUAAGAGUUAGUCAAACGCUUGCUUCUCAUCAAAACAUCUUAUUUCCGUAAAGCUAAGCGACGA